AUGAGUUGCAAUAAUAUUAGCUCAAGAGAAUCUUCCUCAACAAUUUCUGGAGGUGAAAGUAAAGAUGGUAAAUAUUUUUCAGUAAUCAGUGAAUAUGGAAAGAAUGAUUAUCAUCCAUUUGUUCAUAAAUUAUUACCUUUUGUCAAAGAAUUUAGUUAUGUUUGGUUUCAUCUUCAAGCAUACAAAAGGAAAUUGAUUAAAUGUAAAGGACCAAAACCUUCUAUGGAUGAUUUAAUAAAACAAAAAGUUGAGAUUAUGAGUACAAGUAGAAAAGAUAAGGAAUUGUGGGCUGUACAAUUAUUAACAAAACUUAGGAGAGAUAUUAAACCAGAUUAUAGAGAUAAAUUUUUAGACAGCAUUGCUAAUAAAAAUUAUUCAUGUGUUAUAUCUAAUCCUGAUUUAAAAGGAAAAAUGAGAAGAAUUGAUUGUUUAAGGAAAGCUGAUAAAGUAUGGAGGCUUGAUAUUGUUAUGGUUAUUUUAUUUAAAGGAAUUCCUUUAGAAAGUACUGAUAGUGAAAGAAUUCAAAGAUCAACUUCUUGUCAUGAUCCUGAAUUAUGUGUUAAUCCAUAUCAUAUGACUAUUGUUUCAAGAGAAUUGGACUUAUAUUUGGCGAUGAGACAUAUAAAAUGUAAUGAAAACAGUGAAAUUAUUGAAAAAUAUAUUGAAGAACCUCCCUACUUAGACUCUAUUCCAGCCAAUUGUGAAAUAAUAAGUGCUGGUGCAUUUUCAUUGAAAGAGUAUCAAGAAGUAACUACAACUUCUAUAAAUUCAUCAGAAAAUGAAAAUUAUAAUAAAAUAGCACACCCCACUCCAAUUAAGCCACUCCCAAUGGAAAAUAACAAUGUUACAUAUGUAACAAUAGCUCCACGACAGGAAACUAUUUUUUCACCCAUUAAAAAUACACCAAGACCACCUCCAUCAGCGAUAGCGGCUGUCGCUAAAGUUUCAAAAAAUUUACCCGUUGUUGUUACUAGAAAUGGAAAUCCUACUUUAAUAAUGAAUCCAGGAGAUAAAAUUAAACAAACGUCUUCUAAACGAUCAUAUCAAGUUACUGAUGACAAUUUAACAUAUAAUUUGCCUUUAAAAAAAACAUGUAAUACUGAAUCAACAAAUAAUAUUAAAUGUAUUCCAUCACCAACAACACUCCUUAACACACCAAUGACAUUAAGGAGUAACAGGAAAAUAAAUCGUGUAAAUAAUUUUGAAAUGGUAAACCAAUCACCUUCAAAUAUUACAUUUUCUUCUAUUGAUCCAAUAUCUACGUAUACUAUUUAUAAAAAUCCAAGUUUAGAUUCUGUUGUAGAAUUACCAUUAUCAAAUACGGGAAUAAAUUUUUUACAAUCAUCUUCAUCAAUAACAACAAAACGUUUUUCACAGAUUAAAAAAACAAACAAUAAUAAUACUUAUCAAAAUAUUAUUAUGCCAAAUAUGGGAAAUCAUGAUUCACAUGUUCCUAAUAUUAAUGAGACGUGGUAA